CUUGUAGCGCGCUCCCUAUCGGUCUAUCACACGCUCCAAGGAAAGCAAAAGAGAAAAUAAAACGAAUUUUGAUUUGAUUUUGUGCAGCGUCCGAAAGAACGCCAAUCUGGGCAGCCGAUGUAUACAUAACCGGAUCCUCUCCUCCGUCCCCGUCCCAUCCCUUUCCUCCUCCUCCACUCCUCUACUGACCGCCGCUCUGCCGCCCUACCGCCUGCCGCCGUGCUGCAGCUUAGCGUCGUCACCGUUCAGACGGCGUUCCCAUCACGCCCCUGCUGUCUCCACCCCAUCUGCAGUCUUUGACAUUUGUUUCUAAGUUUGCUUAUUGGGGUGAGAUGAAUAAAGAAUAUUCUUGUCAUAUACAUUUCUCAGAGCACAGCUCCUGAAAUUCAUGGUUAGCUGAACUUUGCAUGUUUUACAAAUCUAAAAGAACAUAAUCAAGUUGGUCAGAUGACAACCCUUGCUGGUUCCUCGGAAGUUUAGCAUCUUCAGUGCUUUCUGAAAUAAUAGUGUUAUCUCUGCAUAGAGCUCUGGAAAAUGGAUCGUAGAGAUACUUCAGGAUUUGUCAGUGGAGGUUGCAAAGAUAAAAUGAUCUGCUGGAUGCACUAGGUUUUCUAGCUUGGUAGGUAGUUUAUUUGACCAUUAUUUAAUACGGAAGUGAGGCAAGCUGGUACUUUUCCAUAAAGGUUGUCUGGGCUUGAGUUUCUUAGAUAAUCAGGACAAUGGAUCCUGAGUUUGGGCAGUCAGCGUUUACAAUAAAUUUCUCAACUCCUAAUGCCAUUGUGAAUGAGUUCCAUGCCAUUCCGGUAGCCAGUCACCCAACAGCUAGUUCUAAUCAACUUGAUGUCCUAGCUCAGGGCAAUUUGUACAAUCUGCCUGGAGGGACCAAGAGAAAGUUUGAUGACUUGUCACUAAGUCUGGGCAAUUCAUCAGGCUCAGGUUCCAGCAAGCAAAUCAUGCGUACUGGCUGCACCAUAUCUUCUCCCAAGGGUAGGGAUGAUGGUUCUGUUGAUUUGGGCUUCAAUUAUUUUACUCCGUGCAGUGAAGGUACUUCCAGGCUGGAUAAGCAGGCUAAUGAUCAUAGGAGAACUUUUGCCAAUGCUGGGCUGGAUCUUGAGUUGUCUUUGUCUGUUGGACCUUGUGAAUCUACUAUUACUGACUCAGACGUAACUGCAGCGGAUGAGCAGAACAACACAUUUCUGCAGACAUGCAUUAUGGACAUAGUCCCAACAGUUGAUGAAGGAUCAACUUCUCUCCGCAGACCGACUGGUGGUCAGGUCCUUUCUUUCCUUAAUAAUACUGCAAAGAUGGCUGGGUUUUCUCCAAGCCAAGCUUUCCUAGAUAGCUCAAGCCAGACUGAAGGUCCAGCUUCACCGCCAACAUUGCUCCAACUACAAGAAAGUCAAGCAACCUGUACUUCUGGGUCUGCCAGUCCACAACAACGUGCCAUUAGCGCAAAAGUUUGUUCACAUCCAGGCUGUAUAAAAGGAGCCAGAGGUUCGUCAGGGCGCUGCAUUGCACAUGGUGGGGGUAGAAGGUGCCACAAAGAGGGUUGCAACAAAGGAGCUGAGGGCAAGACCAUCUUCUGUAAAGCCCAUGGAGGGGGGAGGCGUUGUGAGAACCUUGGGUGCACCAAGAGCGCGGAAGGACGUACUGAUUUUUGUAUAGCCCAUGGCGGUGGUCAACGUUGCAUCCAUGAAGGCUGCAGAAGAGCAUCAAGAGGGAAAUCUGGCCGCUGCAUUAAGCAUGGUGGUGGCAAAAGGUGUCGACAGGAGAACUGCUCAAAGAGUGCGGAAGGUCGCUCAGGCUUAUGCAUUGCUCAUGGAGGUGGGCGUCGCUGUCAGCAUGAUGGUUGUGGCAAGGGUUCCCAGGGCAGCACUGCUUUCUGCAAAGCCCAUGGUGGUGGCAAAAGAUGCACACACCCCAACUGUACAAAGGGUGCCGAGGGAAGCACUCCAUUCUGCAAAGGUCACGGAGGAGGCAAACGUUGUUCAGGUCAUGGCUGCACAAAAAGUGUGCAUGGAGGUACACAAUUCUGCGUUGCACAUGGAGGUGGCAAGAGAUGUGUGGUCGAAGGAUGCACCAAGAGCGCUAGAGGUCGUACUGAUCGUUGUGUUGGUCAUGGUGGGGGGAAGAGAUGCAUAUAUGCUGGGUGUGAUAAGAGCGCGCAGGGAAGCACUGAUUUUUGCAAGGCGCACGGAGGAGGCAAACGUUGUUUGUGGGGUCAUCCAGGUUCCGACCUUGGAGUUGGUGGCCCUCCUUGUGAUCGCCUUGCAAGAGGCAAAAAUGGCAUGUGUGUUCAUCACAACCCGCUGCUGGAUGAUGAUCGUAUCCAUGGAGGUCGAACACUUGGUGCUUUCAGUGUAACAAGUACUUCCCGUGAUCUUGGGGACUGCCUUUCAAAUGCUGAAAUAAGUAGGGACAGCAUUUUGAUGCAUCCAGUAGAGGAUUGUCAUGUGCCGGUCCCUGUUCCCGAGGGCCGGGUGCAUGGUGGUAACCUUGUGUCAAUGUUUGCAAAUGGUAUGUGUUUUGGAGAGAAGUCCACCAACAUUGUGGAGGCUAGUACCUCAGCAUCUUUGAACUGAAAACCCACAAAUUACUUCGAGGCUAGUACCUUUAGUCGCUGCAGCUGGCUCUAGUGCCUAAAAUUCGCCGCCUGCCCUUCAUUUUGAUAUGUUUGGUUCCACUUCCACCUGGCAAGUAUCUCAUACUUAUCAAGGUUCUGGUAUGUUGUGUUGUAGAUUUGUGAAUUCUAUUCUGGUUGAAGCUUUGUAUUAACCACCCCUCUAUGAGAUAAAUAAAAGGGGAAAGAUAACUAGGUGUUCAAGUGAGUGUUGGGUAUUGUAUUGAAGCGUCUAUAGUGGUCUCAGUUAUGCAUGCACAAUCAGUUCAUCUUGGUAACCUUAACCUGAAAUAAAUAUUAAUUUUGUUUCUGUGUAUA